UUCAACGUUAGUCAAUGGGAUUGGAGUAUUUUUCUUUAUUCAGUCGAUCACUGUCAGUGUUUUAUUUGAACUAAUUUUUAAAUUCACACUUUUACGAUGAAUUGAUCACUGACUGAACAGUAGUGACCAAAUAUCACGUUUGUAUAGUCCGUUUUUCAAUCAAGUUGCAAUGUGACUAUUACUAGUCUAAGUAACAGUCAAUAUUGUGUACACUAUGUUAAGAUGUUAGAUGGUUGAUGCUAGUUGUCAGUAAGCCGUUUUUAACCCAAGUUUUAUACUGCUUGGUACUUGUCCACAGUAAAGUGUACCGUCAAUUUUGAAAGAACUAAUGCUACUCUAUGGUGUAAAUUCAUUUCAUGAUCAAUCGCAGUUAUGUACAAUUUAAUAAGUGUCAACAAUUUAAAGAUCUUAUACAAUAACUUUCACUGUUUUUUUUCUCUCAAAGUUGGAUCGAUUUAAAGAACCACCAGCAUUUGGUGCAAUGUGUGAUUUAUUAUGGGCUGAUCCAUGUGAAGAUUUUGGUCAAGAAAGAAAUUCGGAACAUUUCAGUCAUAAUACAGUUCGUGGAUGUUCAUAUUUCUACAGCUUUAAUGCAUGUUGUCAUUUUUUACAAGCUAAUAAUUUACUGUCUAUUAUACGAGCUCAUGAAGCACAAGAUGCCGGUUAUCGAAUGUACAGAAAAAGUCGACAAACUGGAUUUCCUGCUUUAAUUACAAUUUUCUCAGCACCAAAUUAUUUAGAUGUGUAUAAUAAUAAAGCCGCUAUAUUAAAAUAUGAAAAUAAUGUAAUGAAUAUACGUCAGUUUAACUGUUCACCACAUCCAUAUUGGCUACCGAAUUUCAUGGAUGUAUUUACUUGGUCAUUACCAUUUGUUGGUGAAAAAGUUACUGAAAUGUUGGUCAAUGUACUUAAUAUAUGUUCAGAUGAUGAACUGCUAUCGGACACACCAGAAGAUGAAUCACAAAUCACAGCGCGUAAAGAUGUUAUCAGGAAUAAAAUUCGAGCAAUUGGUAAAAUGGCUCGUGUAUUCACUGUGUUAAGAGAGGAGAGUGAAACUAUACUUGAACUCAAAGGACUUACUCCAACUGGUAUGCUUCCAUUAGGAGCAUUAGCCGGUGGUCGAGAAGCUAUCAAAGCUGUUUCUGGAACAUGGACACCACAUAAAAUUCAAUGUUUUGAAGAAGCAAAAGCAUUUGACAAAGUCAAUGAACGAAUGCCACCACAUUUAGAUAUGAAUUCUAAACGAUGUUGGCCAUAUUCUUCCACAACAUCAAUGAAUACAAAUGAUGAACAAGAAAUUAAAUUGUCUGAUUCACAUAUUAUCAUUAGCCGUGACCCAAUUGUAGACGAUGAUAAUGAUUCUCUACUUACAGUUGGCUCACAAAAAUCAAUGCCAAGACCACCAUCGAUUUGCGAAGAACACUCAUCUGAUGACGAUAAUGUUGGUGAUGAUGAUACUGAAGUCAAAAAUGAUAGAAGAAAGUUCAGACAACAAAUCGAUACUGUUAACGAUCUCAAAUCAACAAAAUUAACUAAUCAACUUGAUACAAUCAACACAUCAAAUGAUCCCAAGCAGUCGACUAGUUCUGCUGAUCCAACAAAAUCAAAUAAAAAUGAUUUAAGCAAUACUACUAAAACUCCUAGUACUACUACUAUUGGUGGUAGUAGUAGUAGCAGUAGUUCAACAUUACAAAGCAGAACAAUUAUAAGGACAAUAACACCUAAUAAAUCGAAAAAUGACAACCUAUAAUCAUCAGUGCUUCCGUAGGAACAUUCAAUCUAUCCAUGUCUGUUAUGACUUGAUCUGAAAAUUCGUAUUUUACAACUAACUAACUAAGCGAAUAAUCAAAUAGAUAUAUAAUCUAUAAAUAUGCAUAUAUUUAGAUAUUAUGCAAUUCAUUUCAUUUAUUUUUCUUCAUGGUUGGUUGUGUUGUUGUCUUUUUCCCUUUGGUCAGUUGUUGUUACUGUUGUUUGUCCGUUUAAUAAUCAUAGUGACUUUUCUCUUUGUUUCUUUCCUCAUUUGUGUUGAUCUCUCUCUCCUUCUCGAUUACUUUGUGUACAUUUCCUCUACGUGUAUCUUUUGGGAUGGGGGUUUUAAAUUUCAACAUAAAAUCAUCAAUAUGAUAGUAUUACAUGUUUGCCACCGCUUCUCUUCACUCCUAGCUGAAAGAUAUUUGAAAAUGGACAUUCACCUGGAAACAGAGUGACAUUAUAGUCAUAGUAUGUGGAUGAUUGAUUAACCGAAUACACUGUAAAUAUAUGCUACAUUCUUGGUAAUAAUAAUAGUAAUGUGUGCACUUAUAUCAAAAGAAAUUUAUACUUAUAUAUGAGGACCAAAAAACUUCAAUUUAUGUUCUGAUAAACAGUGAAAUUAUACACAGAACAUACCAAGACGCGGUCAAAUAAACCUUUUUAGAUUUUGCUCUCUAUUUCUUACAAGCUUCGUUUCUUUUUCUAUUGAUCUACCUUUCUCCGAUCUUAUAGUUGGUUAUUCUCUCUUUCUUUCUCGCGCACACGCGGUAUUCGACCUGUCAACUGUUAUUUUCAAGGUAGAUAACUAUUUGAAUAAUCAGCAAAUUUAUAAUCUAUGAGAAUAAUAAUGAAGUGCUCAUCUAUUGUCUCUUUGUUUGCCUGUUGUGUCCACUUUCCUCUGCCCCAUGUGUGCGUAUGUGUGCGCCUGGGUAUGUGUCUUGUUCGCCGUCAAAUUUGGCGUGGAACUUCCGUUUUUUUUUGUAAUUAAUGCGUUUUCUUCCAUUUUUAACAUGAUUCUUGUCGCUUGCUUUUUUUUCUCCUAAAUUUCUAAACAAACUUAGAUUUUUUGUUUGGUCUUGUUUAUUAUUUCUACACAUGCACAUUUGAUAAUAAUAAUAAUAAUA